AUGGACUAUGCACGAAGUAUAUUGCUAGAUCUUGAGUCGGACAUACCAAAAAGCGGAUCACACAACAAAUCUCGAAGCCCAGCACUCUCGAAUCACCGAGCACAUAUCCAAAAAUUAAAUGAUAGGAUACAGGAGAUCGAGCUUCGCGUCCGGAGCGUUCAAAAGCAGGAGGCGGAGAACUUCAGAAAGAGCCAAAGCAAGCAAAAUGCACCCGAGCCAUUAGCGGAUGUGAAUGCUAGCACUGAGUCCCUUCGGAAGCGACUCGCUGCUGGAUCUAGUACAGAACAUAAAGAGCUGUCCGUGGAAUCAAAAGUAUCAUUGCAAAAGGAUAUUCAAGACAGUCUUUCAUCAGAGAUCUUAGGGAUGGUCUCAACUCUCAAGAACAAUGCCAUAGCCUUUGCGGAAAAGAUUGCACAAGAUAAAGAUGUGGUAGAAGGCACAUCAUCUGCUUUGAAUAAAACAGCAGGAACCAUGAACAAGGUUGGAAGCCGGCUGAAUGAUUACCGCAGCACGAAGGCUAUAGGGUGGUGGUUUUAUAUAUGGGCCAUUGUUUUCAUGGUGGUGGCUGUAUCUGGUAGCAUGAUUGUUGUCAGACUGUUCCCGAAAUGGUGA